CGAACAACAAUAUUUGUAAUUUUAAGUUGAAAAAGAUGCAGUAGCAUAAUAAUGGCAUUCAAAAUAGCAAUCAACUUGAUUAAGGAAUGAUGCAAUCAAUGGACCAUGACCAUAUUUACAAAAGCGAAUCUCAUACGCUUCGUGGUCGGCUCAAUAUGUCUACUGCUGGUGCUGAACUUCUUGUGGACCUCAGAGUCGGACGUAGUCAGCGGUUCGUCGCUGAGCAAACUGAGCAUACGGCGUGUGCACAAGUAUGCACACAUCCACAGCCGAAGCAACAACGUAAGUGGCUUUGCCAGCGAUAAGGGGGUCAACACGAAUAUUUCGGGGCAAAAGUUGCCUGCCGCUCCAUUGGCGCUAUCUAAAGAGCGCGACCAGCACAUCGGUCGCAACUCAACCUCAACGACUGUGAUUGCGAUUGCAAACUUUACUUCCAUUCCACAAGACUUAUCGCACGCGCAUCCGCAAGAUUAUACAAACAGCACACUCAAGCCGUAUUUGCACCUUACACAAAACUGCACUGAUCCCGAUCCCAGAGAUGGUGGACCCAUCACACCCAACACAACCCUUGAAUCUCUUGAUGUUAUUGAGGCAGAGCUGGGACCUUUGCUGCGUCCUGGCGGCGCUUAUCAGCCAACUGAUUGCACUGCUCAACAUCAUGUCGCCAUUGUCGUGCCCUUCCGCGACCGAUACGCACACCUCUCGGUCUUCCUACGCAACAUACAUCCGUUCCUAAUGAAACAGCGCAUUGCUUAUCGAAUAUUUAUAAUAGAGCAAACCAAUGGGAAGCCUUUUAAUCGUGCUGCCAUGAUGAAUAUUGGUUACUUGGAGGCCUUAAAGCUUUAUAAGUGGGACUGUUUUAUAUUCCACGACGUCGAUCUUUUACCUUUGGAUGAACGCAAUCUGUACAAUUGUCCACGUCAGCCGCGGCACAUGUCCGUUGCAAUUGACACGCUGAACUUCAAGUUGCCUUAUCGUUCAAUAUUUGGCGGAGUUUCUGCCAUGACACGCCAGCAUUUCCUGGCUGUAAAUGGCUUUUCGAACUCCUUCUUUGGCUGGGGUGGCGAGGACGACGAUAUGUCUAACAGAUUGAAACAUGCCAACUUAUUCAUAUCACGUUAUCCAAUAAAUAUAGCUCGCUAUAAGAUGUUGAAACAUCAGAAGGAAAAAGCCAAUCCAAAACGUUACGAAAAUCUACAGAAUGGCAUCAGUAAGAUUGAAAUGGAUGGCAUCAACUCGAUCAAAUAUGAGAUUUACAGCAUCAAGGAUUUCCCUACUUUCACUUGGUACUUAGCUGAGCUAAAGAACUCCGAGCGAAAGAGUUAGCCAAAUACAGUAAAAGUCUGUUUAUGAAAGGAAAACAACUAAAAGAAAGGCAAAAAUUUGCAGAAUGGGAAUCUCAAUUUCGUACAAUAUUUACUUAUGUAUGUACAAAUGACAGAAUUACUUUUUCGAAGUAGCCCUAAAUUAUCUCGAAUAAUAGACACACAAAUAUUGUGUACGUAGCAUGUCCAGUCAAUAUAGAAAUACCAUAUGUACUUCAGUAGUGCAGCUAGCCCCAUUUAAUAUAUUCUAUAUAUUCUAAUGGAUAUGUAGAUUUUGUUGAUUUUUGUUUCUUCCUCAUAAUUUUUUACUACAAAUCUCUCUUUAAAGCAAAAAAAAAAAGACAAAAAAAAUUCUACACCAAUUCCUACAAGGUGAAAUGUAGAUAUUACUUUUGUGAUAUACAAAUUGUUAUUUGAUCAAAAAAUGAUAAUUAAA